GCAUUUAUCCAGGAAUCCGAGCCAAAGUAGCCUCACAAACACAGAACAGGCAGGACUAAGAGGAGGACGAGGAGUGACAUGAACUCAGGGAAAAAAAGCCAGCGAGGAAAACUGGAUGAAGGACGCCGGCAUUACAAAGAUCUGGACAAAAAGGACAAAAUCGCCAAUGCUCUUUACCUGAAGAGGCACAUCCUGGACGAGGGAAGAGAAGACAUAUUUUUUCAGGGAAUAAUAAAUUAAUAGCAGAUAGACGCCGCAGCACUGGACAGCGGUUACAGGCUUUGAACCGCACAUUUUUCUUUUUCUCAUGAUUUCCUUCAACUCUUUUGGCAUGCUUCCUUUGCUGUCUCUGUAUGUGGGAGCACUGCUGUCCUCGGAUGCAUCUCCAGCCUGCUCACAUUCACGUUGCAGGGACAGCUUAGUGGCUACACCCGCCUCACCGAGGCCAGAAGCAGCAGUGACUACCAGGGCCUGUGAGGGUCAAUCUGGAACAAGAGGAUGUAGAUUGGAUGCUUCUGUACCUGUCGUCUCAGAUGAUCCUCAAAGGGCACAGCACAGACCGGAUUUCCCUCAGAUUCAGAUUAAAACCGGAGCUGUCAAACAGCAGCUGGUUCUGCUGCAACGCUGCAUGAGCUCUCUCCAGGAAUCAGGAGGCCCAAGGCCUGAUGGGGAGCGGGAGAACAGCUCUCUAGGGGCCAUCCUGGCCCUGAUGGCAGCUGUGCUGACAGAGUGUGACCUCCAAUGUCACAGCCAAGCACUCGGAGCGAUGGCCAAGCGACUGGAGAGUGCGGCGUUGGGCAGCAGAGACGGGGAGAAAGACUUGCUGCUUUUCCUAAAGAGCAUCACACAGUAUCCACCCACAGCUGCUCCCACAGAGAGGUUACAUCCGCAGGAUUGUGCAGAGAUUUACAGAUUUGGGAUCAAAGAGACUGGUAUCUAUACAAUCCAACCGGAUCUGCGUGGACCGGCAUUAGAGGCUAAAUGUGACAUGGAGACAGCGGGCGGAGGAUGGACGGUGAUUCAGAACCGGCAGGACGGCUCAGUGGACUUUAACAGGACUUGGCAGGAAUACCGGGAAGGCUUUGGUAGUCUGCAGGGAGAGCACUGGCUGGGUAACGCAGCCCUGCAUGCCCUCACCUCCACUGGCCAGCAUCAGCUCCGCAUUGAGCUGGAAGAUUGGUACCAACAGAAGCGCCACGCCACCUACAGCAACUUCAAGGUGGCCUCAGAGGAACAAAGGUAUCGCCUGACAGCCCACGAGUACAGCGGUGAUGCUGGCAACGCUCUGAGCUACAGUAAGCACUACAACCACGAUGGCCGACCUUUCAGCACUGCUGACAGAGACCACGAUCGGUACGCCUCCGGAAACUGUGGUCAGUACUACGGCGCAGGUUGGUGGUUCGACGCCUGCCUGGCAGCCAACCUGAAUGGGCGCUAUUACCAUGGACGUUACACUGGUUUGACCGACGGGAUCUACUGGGGGACGUGGUACAUCCUGACAGAUGGAAGGACUGGGGAGCGCUACUCCUUCAAGAGGGUGGAGAUGAAGACGAGACCCAAAAACUUCGGGGGAACCAAAUAAGGAAUAGAAACUCAGAUUUGAGAUUUACUGCAGUGUAGAUUCCUGUGAUAUGAGUUUGAUGCUUUAUGAUGUCUUUUGUCUUAUAGAUGACUGUUUCUAAAACAACUUUUUGCAAAUAUUCACAUGGAUUUCAG